AUGACAGACGUGUCUUUAGACUCCGAGGCCCUGGGCCAACUGAGUCGCGACCAAAAGGUUUUACUAGACUGCAUCGACAGCCUGCGCAGUCUAGGUGUCGGCAAACUGGUGAACCUCCCACAGAUCAUUGUUGUGGGUGACCAAUCGUCUGGCAAAAGCUCCGUUCUCGAGGCCAUCUCGCGCGUGCGCUUCCCUGUUAAAGGUGGAUUGUGCACCCGCUUUGCUACGGAGCUGGUGCUUCGCAAGAAACCAAAGGAAGAACUUGUCGUCAAAAUCAGAGCCAGCAACCCCGACCGACAGCCCGACUUCAACGAGAGGCGAUUCAGCAAGCAUGAUUUGCCAGAAAUCAUCGAACAGGCCAAGAAGCUAAUGGGUAUCGGCGACGAUGCUUCCAGCUUUUCCGAGGACACGCUCCGCGUCGAGGUCUCCGGCCCUGACCUAGAGCCCCUCACCCUCGUCGACUUGCCAGGCUUCUACCAUGCCGGGACAUCCGACCAGUCUCCAGAGGGGAUAUCCACCGUCUUGCGCCUCGUGGAAAGGUACAUGAAACAGAAGAAUAGCAUUAUCCUCGCCGUCGUUUCCGCCAAAAACGAAAUUGUGCAGCAAAAGGUAUUGGGCGAAGUACAAAGGCAUGACCCUUUGAGGGAACGCACCAUGGGCAUAGUCACAAAGCCCGACACACUUACUCCUGGGUCUCUCGAAGAGGAAAAAUACGUCCAACUUGCGAAAAAUCAAGAGAGCUCUCACAUUUUCAAGCAUGGGUGGCACGUCCUUCGGAACAGAGAUGGCCAAGAAAGCGACGAGAGAAACGCAGGAGCUGAAAGGACGUCAAAUGAAUCAAGGGACAAUGCGGAAAAAAAGUUCUUUGACUCUGGCGUCUGGGCAAACUAUUCAUCCAACAACAAGGGCGUUGGGUCAUUGAGACACAAAUUGAGCAAAGUGCUCACCAAGCACAUCCACCUCAGUCUGCCGGGCGUGAUCGAGGACAUCGAGAACAAACUGGAGGCCCAGCAAGAGAGACUUCAGAGUCUCGGCAAGGCGCGAUCUAACACGUUAGAAAUUCGUCAGUACCUAGUUGACAUUGCCGAACGCGUACGAGAUCUCACUCGCAUUGCGGUGAGAGGCACGUACGAUGGAAAGUUCUUUACCGACCUUCACAUGAACGACUUGGAGCAAGGGCAGAUUUCUAGUGACCAACGAAAGCUCCGUGCCGUCAUCAGAAACCUGAACCGAGCAUUCGACACCGUGAUUUCGGUACGCGGUUCAAAGAUGCGCAUAGUCGGGAAUGACGACAUCCAAUUUGGCAACGAACAAGAUCGUACUGUAUCGGAAUCCCUGAGGGGCUGGGUUGAUCAAUUCCAAGUCGAGGAGCCAGUAACAGUAUCCUGGACUGAUCUGAGGGCUAGGCUAGAACUGCAAGCCUCGAACAACCAAGGUACUCAGUUUCCAGGAUCCGCAAAUGACAGGCUCGCCUUAGAGUUGUUCCGGGAGCAGUCACAAAGGUGGAAGGACAUCGCCAAGACAUACAUCGAACUUGCCAUCGAUGCUGCGAAAGCAUUUGUUGAGUUGAUAUUGCAACACGUCAUCCUGGCCGACGAAAACACCCGAGACGCAAUAUUUGCAGAAUACGUCGUACCGUUCUUCGACGAAAGGUCCAGCGCGCUAGAGGAGAAGUUGGACGAAUUGCUGAUCCAUUAUCAAGAGGGUGAUGCUGUCUGUCUAGAGGAGGAGUUUCGCCUGCGGUUGUCUUUUCAGACAAAACCACGCCUAGGUAAUCAGGUCCAGCAACUCUUACUGUCUGACCGCCCUAAUUCGGUUGGGGAAAUUACCGCUGCCGACGUUAAAGAGGCCAUCGCGAACGCGCCAGAUGGCCAAGUCAGCGAGUUUGGGCUUGAAGGGGUUUUCGAUAUGAUGAUCACAUACUAUGAGAUGUCGCUGAGAACCUUUACGGACAACGUCAUGAUUCUUGCCGUUGAGAACUGUCUCAUUUCGAAAAUGUCGACUCUUUUUACUCCGAUGAUGGUGCUUGGAAUGGACGACGAAACCCUUUCGAGAUUGGCUGCUGAAUCCUCGGAGAUCCGGUGCGAGAGGUCCGACUUGGAAAAUGACAUUGCCGUCCUUAAAUCAGGCCUGGCGAUCUGUAAGAAAUAUCAGCCGCGCAAGUCUACAGGUUACUCCGAUACGUUCGGCAACCCAGAGUACUCCCACGACACGCGAUGCGCUGAAACCUCUUUCCACAGCGCUAAGCGAUUUAUCGGCUGUUGCAGCACCUAA